CCUCGUGGAACAUUUUGCUAAAACAUUUUCUUAAUUUCUCUGGAAAAACAUAAGCAAAAUGAGGGCUCUAAGUGUUCGUCGCCAGCUUUACCCCUUCGUGAAACGCACUUACCUAAAGCAGUUUAUUAAGUAUUAUAAUGGUAAUGGGAACAUAAUCAAGCAGGUAAGUCGUAAUUUCGGUAUGCACCUCCGGGGAUCCGCCUAUUGGGAUCUCGACAAGGUGCACGUAAUGCUGGCCGGACUCUGCCUCCUCAUCUUGGUGGAACAUAAGAGCACCGAUCUUGAGCGAAAACUUCGCACCAAGCUGAUGAACCGGCUUCUGAAUGUCAUCGAAUGUGUGCAUCCCAUGACUGUGCACAUUCUGGUGGAGCGACUGCUGACCAAUCUGGAGGAGUCGGGUGCCUGCGAGGAGCGGAGCCUCUUCACAUUGGCCUCGGUGCUCUCAAACUGCUCGUGGCGAGGUCGUCCCCUGGCCGUCUGCCUGCUGUGGGUGAUACUGAGUCGCAGGCUUCCCGGUCUGGAGGUCACCAUGCACCGCUACCGUGAGCUCGAGGAGCUGGUGAAGACUGCGCAUAGGGUACCGUCCCGCGAUCAGUUCGACUGGGGCGACUGGCUGCUGGACAGCGCUUUGCAAGAGAGGCUGGAGGAGCUAAGCACCUUGAUAGAAUCGGUCGAGAUGCUCGUUCGCCUGGUGAUGGCCGAUAAUAGGGAGCUCCUGGCAGCCGGCUAUCCGGAGCACUUCUUUCAAAUAGGCGCCUACGAUGCCAUGUUCCUCAAGAGCUGGUUCCUCGAGCUCACCGAACAGCUGCCUCCGCAAUAUUGCGAGCACUCAGAGAAGAUGACGGCAAUUAUCGACAGUGUGAUGUCAAUAUCUUGGUAAAAACCUUUAAGAAGAAACACGCUUUGAAACAAAAACCUAAAAAGUGCUUGAAAAACCAAGAAAUGUACGAAAACCAUGUGAUAUUCCCAAAGAAAUAAAGGGAUCAUAUAGAAUAGAUAGGAAAAUCGUAAUAGUAUCAAGCACUCUAUCAACCAAAUAAUCAUCAAAUUAAACACAAUAUGUGAAAGCUGAUACACUGCCUUGGAAACUCACAUCCACCGGAGAUAUUUUAAAACCAAA